ACACACAGCCAGGAGUUCCUGCCAGGCGAGCCUUGCCCCUUGGAGGAGGGCUGGCAGCAGCACCACCAGCAGCAGGGAUGCCCUGCAGCAGCACCCUGCCACCUGGAAGGCAGGCACCCUGUCAAACCUCCAAUGAGCAUCUCCCUGUGAGCCUGCCUUCUGCGGUGGUUUUCUUCCCCUGCAUCUGCUUCAUCAUUUUUUAAAAUAUAUAUAUAAUCUCUGGGAUCCUGCCUGGUUUUUUUUUCCCCUCUUUGUAAAAAAGACUCCUGGCUUGUGCAUCGCAGGCUGCAGUGUCUUCUCUUUCUCUCUUCCUCUCUGCUACAUUCCUCCACCCGACUCUUCUUGGCUGCAUCUUUCUUGCCUCUUUUCUCCCAGGAUGGCGGAGGCUGAAUUGCACAAGGAGAGGCUGCAAGCCAUUGCAGAAAAAAGGAAAAGGCAGACGGAAAUAGAAGGGAAGAGACAACAGCUCGAGGACCAGAUACUUCAACUGCAGCAUUUCAAGUCAAAAGCACUUCGUGAAAAAUGGUUGUUGCAAGGAAUCCCUGCCAGUUCUCCAGCAGAAGAAGAAGCCAGAAAGAGGCAGUCAGAAGAGGAUGAGCUGAAGGUGAAAAAGCUUGAAGGCAACGUCCAUAGGUUAGAACAAGAAAUAGGAAAGCUAGAAAGCGAAGAAUCCCAAAUAUCUGCCAAAGAGCAAGUCAUCUUGGAGAAACUAAAGGAGACAGAGAAAUCCUUUGAGGACUUGCAAAAGAGUUUCUCACAUCGAGAUGGAGAUGCAGUAAAUUACAUAUACUCCCAGAUCCCCGAACUCACAUCCCUCUAUUCACGAGCCGCAGAGUCAAUUCCUGGGAAAGAUAGGACAAGCAGGGUAACUGCUUUAUACAGCAUGGAAAUUAAUGUGGAGAAAGACAAACAGACAGGAGAGACCAAGAUUCUCUCUACAUCCCCCAUUGGCCUAGAGGCUGCCCAUCAAAGAGGAAUCAAAGUCUAUGAUGAUGGUACCAAAGUAGUCUAUGAGAUGCACUCUGGAGGCACAGUGGUAGAAAAUGGAGUGCAUAAGUUAAGCUCAAAGGAUGUAGAUGAACUUAUUCAGAAGGCCGGACAAUCAGGCAUUAAAGGAGGGACUGUAUCAAUAGCAGAUGGGACCCUCAGCCACACAAAGGAACAGAUUCUUUUCAAGGAAGCAAAACUAGAGAUGGUGCGCAAACCUAGCAAAAGGCAUUCCGGGAAUCCUCGACACCAAGCAAAACUCUCUGGGGAUGAAGUUCCCGAAGCCAGCACCGACCACCCAGUAACAAUGAUAUUUAUGGGUUACCAAAAUAUUGACGAUGAAGAUGAGACAAAAAAGGUGCUGGGCUACGAUGAGACAAUCAAGGCCGAACUGGUCCUCAUUGAUGAAGAUGAUGAAAAGUCAUUACGGGAGAAGACGGUGACUGAUGUGUCCACCAUGGAUGGGAAUGCUGCUGAGCUGGUUUCUGGGAGACCCUUGUCGGACACAACAGAGCCCUCCUCACCAGAGGGGAAAGAGGAAAGUCUCCCAAUGGAAAAAAUCCCAGAAGCAACAGAACUGAUUACGUUGUCUGAGGAUAUAAAUGAAAGCCACAAAGCAGAAGAGAUAACCAUGAAAUCAUCUAGAUGCUCUGAAGAUGACAUCAGGUUGAGAAAAGAGCGAGACCGUUAUUGUGCCAAUUUCCUAGAACCUGCUGGUGCUCGUGCAACAAAAGAAGAGAAAAUGGAAAUUGAAGCCCUUACCACAGAACAUAAAAAUAUCACAAUGGGGACUUCAACACAUGCAGCAGACAGUCAAACACACUUCUUUUCUCCUGCUGCCAGUCACAAUGGACUUAGAGACAGACAUGAAUCCUUAGACAGUGAGGUUGCUAAAGAGAUCCAAUAUCUUGAUGAAGUGCUUGAAGCAAACUGUUGUGAUUCUGCUACUGAUAACCCUUUUAACGGUAUGACUUCCUCUUCCCCUGAGCCAAGAUCAUCCAUUGUUGGGGGUGGCUCUGGUCCAUCUAUUCAUGUUACAAAUGAUUCCACAGUGCUCAGUAAAAGUGGCCUCACUGUAGUCGAUGGACAACCAGCCACUGAGCAUAGUGAAAUGAAUGUAGUAUCUGGGAAGCUAAAACCAAAUGGCCAUUCUGUGAGUGUACUAGAAGAGGAACACUGUGACAAUCUAAAAGUGCCAGUGAGUCCAUGCUCAUCCACCAGUUCAAGGUCUUCCAAGGAUGGGGAGCCUGUAUUAGCCACUAUUAAGAAAGAAGCUAAAUUUGAACUUAGAGCAUUUCAUGAAGAGAAAAAGCCAUCCAAGCUCUUUGAGGAGGAGGAUCAAAAAGAGAAUUACAGAGUGCGUAAAGUGAGACCCUCUGAAGAAAUGAUAGAGCUUGAAAAAGAGAGAAGGGAGCUCAUCCGAAGCCAGGCUGUUAAGAAGAACCCAGGCAUAGCAGCAAAGUGGUGGAACCCACCCCAGGAGAAAACCCUGGAGGAAGAGCUAGAUGAUGAACAUUUGGAGUCUCACAAAAAAUAUAAAGAACGCAAAGAGAAGCUGCAGCAGCACCCAUCAAUGCCUGUGAAACAUGUCUCAUAUUCCUUUGCACCACCUGAUCAAGUUAACAUUAAGAAAGAUGAUAUUGUCACAGAGCAAAUAGAUUUUUCAGCUGCACGGAAGCAGUUUCAAUUGAUGGAAAAUUCAAGUCAGACGAACAGCACAGCUGCAUCCAAGAGAUCAGGGACCCCCAAAAUGUUCACAGUCCAACCCUUCUACAAACCAAUAGGUCCAUCUCAAAUGGACCGGCGAUCAGUCUCAGUUACUAAACCUGUGUCUCUGUGUGGACAAACUGUACAGGCUGGCAAUAGUGAUAUAACAAUUGUAAAAGCUGAGAAGGUUUCUUGCAUCUCAGAUGACAACAGUGUUCAAAAUAUCUCUGGUGACCCAGAGCGAGUGUCUUCUUAUAUUGAUCCCACAAAGACUGGCCAGGCAACAAAAAUAUGGUCAGAAGAUAGUGAAUUCACAAGUGCAAAAGCAGUGUUUACAGUGGUGAGAGAUGAUGAACAGGGUAUAUUAGAGCCAUUCUCAAGGUCAGUCAAUGUGUCUUCCCCUCCGGAAGAACUAGACUCUGGUUUAGAUGAAUUGUCUGUAAGAUCUCAGGAUACAACUGUUUUGGAAACACUCUCCAAUGACUUCAGCAUGGAUAAUAUCAGUGACAGUGGUGCCUCCAAUGAAACAAUGAACGCCCUUCAAGAAAAUUCGCUCACUGAUUUCUCCUUGCCUCAGACCCCUCAAGCUAAUACACCUUCCGAAUGUCAAGGAGAAGGUGUCUCAAAGUCACUUAGUGACCAUGGCUUUUAUUCUCCAUCUGACUCCAUGCUCAUUGAUGAGCAGUUGGAACACCAGGCUGGUCUCCUGGUUCAAAAUGCCAUUCAGCAAGCCAUAGCUGAGCAGGCUGGCAAAAUAAGCUGCAAGCACGCAGAAGAAAAGAACUGUCAGGUCAAGGAGGAUACAAACAAGUUACUGUGUUCUGAGAAACAGCACAAUUCAACAUUUCAACCACCUCAGGUGUCAUCUCCUGUGCAAGAAAAACGAGAUGCCACACCAAAGUCUUCAGCAGUCCAAAGCUCUACCCUCAGGGAAAGGCAGGCUCUUCAGCCGCCUCUCAUUACUCAUGCCAUCAAACCAGUCACUGUGGAGGAAACCAAGCCAGAAGUCAGCUAUUUCAGCAAAUAUUCCGAAGCAGCUGAGCUUAGGAGCACAGCUUCCAUUCUGGCUAUGCAAGAAGCAGAAGUGACCGUAGGGCCUUUCAAACUGAGGUCAAAAAAACAGAGGACUUUGUCCAUGAUAGAAGAAGAGAUCCGUGCAGCCCAAGAAAGAGAAGAGGAACUGAAAAGGCAGAGGCAGGGAAUGCAGCUAACACGGAGCCCUGUUGCAAAGAAUGCACCUUCACUACCCACCAGAACUGUGUCUUACAAAACUGCACCAGGUAAAAUAGAGAAGAUCAAGCCACCUCCAUCCCCAACUGCUGAAGGUCCCCCCUCGCAUUUGGACUCAGCAUCAGAUGAAGCUGGAGGAUCCCAAAGGCCCAAGAACCUGAUGCAGACCCUUAUGGAAGAUUUCGAAACUCACAAAACCAAGAGGCGGGAUAGGAUGGAUGAUAGCAGUUACACCUGUAAAUUACUGUGUAACAAGGUUACUUCUGAGGUCCUUGAGGCAACUAGAGUCAGCCGCAGGAAGAGUGCCCUGGCACUGCGGUGGGAAGCUGGCAUUUAUGCCAACCGGGAAGAAAAUGAAUAGAUCUCUUGGCAAAAUGAGAGAGUUUCAUUUUUUCUGCAGAGACUAAGAAACCAAAUAAGAAAACAACAUUUUAAUUUUUUUAAAAAGCUGCAUCAUUUUAAUCUGAUAUUUAUUAUAACUCUACCAGUCUCUGCAAUUUCAUGUUCAGACAGGAACAAUCCAUAUAUAUUGUAUAUAUCUAUAUGUAUACACGCACAAACAUACAGAACAUCUAUGCUAAAAAAAACCAUCUGCUUAACCCCCUCAAAAUAAACAUGAAGAAGAGUAUCUGCUUAAAGCUGAUGUCAUCACUAGAGAUAAAAAACCUGCAACAGUCGUAAUCCAAAAGGACAGCAUAUUUCAAACCGAGAAGAAUGGACACCUGCCUUCUUCUUUGUAUUUGGAAUAAAAAUAGUUUGGCCUGUGGAACAUUACAUCACAAGAUGGCACCUCAUGUGGAACUAAACAGCUGUUCAAACAUUAUUUGAAUCUGAACGACAGCUCUUCAUUGCAUCUGCAGUGUUUUAAGACGAGGGCUAUUAUUGUGUUAUAUCCUAGAUAGCCAUAACAUAUCAAGAUAGAUAUGUAUAUAUUUGCUGUUCUUAAGAAUUAGGGGGAACUUUUUGAAGUCAAUUUGACUGAUUGAAAAAGCAAACAAAAGAAAAAGAGGCUGUUAAUUUGCAAAUGUGAAUGUAUAAUCCAUAUAUUUAGCCAUAAAAUAUAUUUUUUCCUGUUAUUUUGAAAGGUGGUAGUAAGACAGACAGUUGGCAGACUGUUCACCUUUUUUUCUUAACUUAUCAUAGGCAAAAAAAAAGAUUGCCAUCUCUUAUUUUCAUAAUCAGUAUGCUUAUUACAAGUUUCUUUUCAGUACUGCUGCACAAAUCAGUAGGUAGGUUAGAAGAGGUAGAAGGAAAUGCCAAAUUGGGAUAUCUUACUUUUAGUGGUCUGUAUACUUGUGGUUUAUCAGUUGACCUCUUCUUUCUCAGUGUGUAUUUCCAUUAUCAUCUGUGUUUAAUGGACGACAGUUUUUAUGAUGGUGCAGCAGGGAAUACAUAAUAAAGUAUGUAAAGAACAAUCAAGCUGAGUUAGAUAGGUUACGGGCAGAAUCCAAGAAUUUUGAGUGUUCUCUACCGAGGCAAUAAUUGACCCUCAAUCAGACUGAUAGAAAGAGGGAUAUGAAAGACAAAUAGUUAUAUCUUUAACUAUAUUUAUGCUACAUAUAAAGGUCUUUGUGUUAAUAGAGCUGGGUGGGGGUUGUUUUGUGUUACUGGGAAAUGAAAAGUUGAGGAAGGUAAUAGAGUGCGAAUGAAAGAUUAAAGAAGGGCCAAAGGAUUAUUUUUGCUGUUCCAACAGUGUUUUCAGAGCUAAAAGAUUAUAUAGGAGAUGUAGUUAAAGUGUAGGCUGAGAAUCAGUGACAAAGGAAUAUGCUGUGUGUGUGUGUGUGUGUGUGUGUGUGUGUGUGUGUGUGUUUGAAUGAAGUUGGAAUAUUAGGAUGAUGAAGAGAUGUGGCUGUACAGAUUAUUUUCUCCAAAGCUGUUUGCCAGCUCUAGGGGUAUAAACAUUUCUUUUUGUAUUAAAAGGGAUAUAAAAAGGCACUAAACUGAUGCAGUAUUUGUAAUAACGAAGCUGACCUGACAUUGUAUUCGCAUGAAUUAACAUUUCAGAAAGUAUUGAACAUUUUUGUAAUCUGGCAUUUAGAAAAGAAAUGUGAUAUUUAUUCUUGUGCUUUCUAGUCUGGCAUAGUAUUAGAGGCUGCCAAUUUAUCCUUCCUCUGUUCAGGGAACGUGGUAGUAUAUGUAGUGAUGGAAACUCAUAAUUUCUAGACUAGAAUCACAUUUGGGACAAUUGAGGGAAGUGGUCCAUGCAUCUUUAAAGCAAAUAGGACUUGUGGCUAUUUUUUUACAGGGAGUUAAAAAAAUAGUGACCCAUUAUCUCAUUUUCUUUUAUCUCAUAUUAUUCUGUGUUUCAUAUUAUGAGUGGGAUGUUGUGUUCUGAUAUUUUAAUUAGACAAGGAACUUGCAACUUUAAAUAAGCUGAAUCCUCCCAGCAAUUGUCUGUGUAUAUAUUCAGCAGUACAAUGAACACAACAGCCUUGCAGAGGACUCUUUUCCAUAUUCUGUGUGGAAAAAUAAAGUAGAAAUGUUUGGAUACAAAUAGCUUACUGCUUAGAUGACAUUGCCUGUGGUGAGUUUUGAUGAAGCCACAGUUUAACAUGUUAUACAGAGCUUCUGUUGCUAGCAGUAGAGAACUGAACAUAAUAAUUCCUUGUGUAUGCUGGCAAUAGGAGAGUCCUGCUAAUAUGCAUUGGCUUCACUGCUGGAUCACAAGCCAGGUCAGAGCCAGACAUGGUGAAUCCUAUAAUCCUACUAUCCAGUUAGGGAAAAAAAUAUUUUACAUUAAAGAUACUUAAAAUGUAAAAUAAAAUGUAAAAAAAAAAAGAUUAAACUCUCUUCUCAUUAUAUUUUAGUAAAAAAAAUUGGGUGCAGUCCAGCCAGAGUUAAACACUGCUUUAUCCGUUUCUACAAGAAGAUGUUUUACGUGUCCCUUGUUGAAAUCACUUGAGUUUUGAAACUGCUUAAGUUUGGCUGGGUUGUGUGCAAGGAAUUUUUCAUAGUCUACUAAAUACUCAAUGGGAAAGAGGAAAAAUCAGUAUGUAGAAAGAGGGAGAUGACACACAGUAGCCAGGAAAAUGGAAGAGGUGAGGAGCUAUUGACAUUGAAGAACCUCUGUCCCUGGCCAGCAAAGGCCCAUUUGUGUUUCCAGUGGGUUUGUUCAGCUAUUAGUAAAAACUGCCUGUACAAUCAAGUUAAGGUAUUUAAACUCCAGAGGAUUGGGUUCUUUGAAACGAAAUAGGAAAAAAAACUCAGAAUUGUGAAGAAGCAGUGAGAUUCUGUACUGAAAAUACUGUUAAAAUUAAGCUAGCAUUGCUCUGAAAUAAAAAGAUGAAGCAGCAUUGCUCUGAAAUAAAAAGAUGAAGCGUGGGUGUGGUGAGGAAGCAACCGAUACUCUGUACAACUCUUACUGCAAAACGAUGGUUUUAUAACAAGGAGAAAUAAAACCAAAGAUGACACAUUGGCUUGGAAAUGGACAUUUUCUUCCCUUUUCCUUGGUUGUAGUCAACUCAACAUGAAGAAAAAGGAGUUGUUAAGGAAAUUCCCCCUUUUCUAAAAGCAAAAAUAAAAAAAGUGAUUUCCAAAAUA